AUGGCAUCAUCUACAACGCUUCCAAUACGGACUGAAUCACGUUUAAAUGGUCAACAGGGACAAUAUUUAGUUGCCACAACAAAUCCGUCAAGUGGUGAAACGAAUGGAACGCAAACAACAGGAAGAGUGAUUAUUGCGAAGGCACAUCCACCGAAUCAAAAUUCACAAAUCAGCCAAAAUUCAAAUAAUAUUUCGGGCCCUGUUCAAUUUCAAUUCAAUUCAAGUGAUGGCACACUUUACACGGGAACGAAUUCAUUUUUUCAACCUCAAUCAUCGGGCACGUCAUCUGAUGGGUUUUCCCACCAUAUUUUGUCAUGCACAGGUGGCUAUUUUGUUCCAUCGUUAGAAAGCGGCUCGCAACCAUUGACACAUACAACGCGCGCAUCACCUGCUACGGUGCAAUGGUUAGUUGAUAAUUUCGAGCCAGCUGAAGGUUGUUCUCUUCGUCGUUCAACAUUAUAUUCGUUCUAUUUGCAACACUGUUCGGAUCAAAAAUUAGAAGCUGUUAAUCCAGCAUCGUUUGGCAAAUUGAUUCGUUCGGUGUUUCUCGGUCUUCGCACUCGUCGUUUAGGUACACGAGGUAAUUCCAAAUACCACUAUUAUGGGAUACGUGUCAAACAAAACUCAUCCUUAAACGCAUUUUCGGAUGAACAUGGCGGCUUAACAUUUCGAGGUAAUAAUGCAUUUGCCAAUUUCAAGAAUCGUCGUUGGUCAACAUCAAAUGAUGGCUCAUCGCCAGAGAAUAAGCCGAACAUUAAUGAUCAAUCCUAUUCAUCUCAAUCGGAAUCAACAUUAUCUCAAGCAGAUACAAAACAAUUCAUUCAUGAAAAUAAUUCGUUAAUCAUCAAUGAAAGUAUUCAAAUUGAUGCAAACAUUCAAUUACCUGAUGGCGUCACACAAGAUGACAUUAAGCGUUUUGAAGGCAUUUACAAAGAUCAUUGUCUUAAACUAUUCGACGUAAUCACGACGUUAGAUUUUGGUUCAGUCGAACAAAUAUGGCUUCAGUUUUGGUCUCACUCGGGACGAGAUGAAACGAUUCCAUUGGCAUUAUUCCAUUCCAUUUGUUCAUUAAACAGUGUUCAAGACUUCAUUAAAAAUUCGGAUUAUCAAUUGUAUCAACAAUCGGUCGAAAGAUUAAUUGCUGAUAUUCUAUCGCCCAUGCCAACAAGUGCAACUCAAGCGAUUCGAACAUUCGGUAAAAGUGUUGAUGGUUGGCUUCGGGCUGCUCUUGGUCAUCUACCUGAGCGAUUAAAAACAAUCAAAUUAACAAUAAUCAAUGCAUUUGCCAUGACAUUACGUCGUUAUACAUCGAUAAAUCAUUUAGCUCAAGCGGCACGAGCUGUUCUUCUUAAUGCCACUCAAGUCAAUCAAAUGUUAGCGGAUUUGAACAAAGUGGAUUUCCAUAACGUUCAAGAACAAGCUUGGUGGGUAUGCGAAUGUGAUGAUAAUUUAAUUUCGCGUAUCGAACGAGAAUUCAAAAAUCAUUUAUCGUCUCAAUCUACAUUAGAAGAUUGGUCGCAGUGGCUUGACUCCUUAUUGAAUGAUUUACUUAAACCAUAUGCACAUUUACCAAGCGAAAAGUAUACGAAACAAGCAAAACAGAUUCUUUUGAAUUGGUCGUUUUAUUGUUCAAUGGUUAUUCGGGAUUUAACUCUACGUAGUGCAGCAUCAUUUGGUUCAUUUCAUUUAAUCCGUCUUCUCUACGAUGAAUACUUAUUCUCUUUAAUUGAACAUAAAAUAGCAUUACACGCACAAAAAACUCCGAUUGCUGUUAUGGCUGAAUUAACACUUCAAAACAAAUUGUCGAUAUAUGAUGGCGGUGUUAAUCCGUCGAAUGCAAAUGGAUCUUCAUCGAGCAUUUCAAUUGAACGUCGAACUAUUCCACCGAAAAUUUCUUUGGUCGUCAAAAAAGAUACACUUUCACCGCCGCAAAUAUUGACAUUAUCAGGUUCACCUGUUCAAUUGCCAAUCAUUAAUAAACUAGUGUCUGCUGCUAAAUUAGCGAGUCAACCAACGACAGCAGCAACAACAACAGCAUCAUCAGGCGCAACAACGAACAUAAACCAACAGAAUGAUAAAGAUUCGGAUUCUGUCAAAAGACUUAAAACUACGGACGAAAUUGUUGCUGUUUAG